CAAAAUCGGAUAUAUUUCCUCAGUGGCAUAGAAAUUGAUGGAUUGAAUAAGAAUGGGAUGUGAUGAAGCGACACGCAAGAAUUUGACAUUUUCCUCUGUUUUCUUCUCCUUCACUCAGCGUUUUUGCGCGUCGUGAAUGGACAUUAUGGCAUCUCCUAAAAAAAUACAUGUCGUUGUCCGGAAUGCGCUUACCGGUGAUGUUCUGUCUCCUGUCGCAAGCGAUGAUGACAACCACGAUGAGACAGCUGGCGCACGCCGCUCCGGAAGUGUAGCUGGUCCAGGAAAGUUGGGUAGUGAUGAUGUUGAAGGACAUGAUUUUGUGCCGUUUUUUUGUAGCUUCGAGCCCCGCACCAUGUGCGUCCGCGAUCUCAAGCGCCUAGUGGCGAGAAAGCUGACAUCGCGACUGCGGGAAGAAGCCCAACCAGGUGUACCAGCAG